CAUGGAGUCUCGUUCAGGUGGUGAAGGCAAUCAAAAACAAACUGACAAAGAAUCUAACGAUGAUAAUGAAUUAAUGUACUUUCCACUUCCUCCCGAGCUGUCAUUUAACAAUGUAAAGGAUCAUGCUAUUAGUCAAAGACAAGCUAGAGAUGAUCAUAAAAUAGAGGGAGGCAAUAGAUCAGGAGAAGCACUAGGGGAGAGAAGGAGGAAGGGGUCUGAAGGAGAAGGAAUAGAGUUUGAGUUAAAUGGACGACAGCUAGCUGUAUUCUAUGUCAGGAACAAGCUAUACUGUAUUGAUAAGAAGUGUCCUCAUGCUGGUGGUCCUCUUCAUUUAGGUGACAUUGAAGACUGGACUGGUUCGAAAGGUCCCUGUAUAGUCUGUCCUUGGCACAAAUAUUGUUUUGAUAUGAGUACUGGCUCUAUCCUUCAUCCGUCAAGUAGAACUGAGCGUUUGGAUGUAUAUCCAGUGAAGGUUGAUGAGGAGACUGGAGUCAUAUUGAUUGGAUUCAAGUCAUUUCAUGAAUCACUUUUUAGCAGCUGUAACUUUUAAAUCAAAUAAAUAUCAAAUUAUCAUCACACACACUCUCUCUCUCAUCAGUUUUUAAUGAACUUGUGCGGUUGGCCUGAUAUAAA